AUGUCUUCUCCAUCUCGUUCUCAGCCCAGUAGUCCCCCCCGAGUCUCAUCUCCUCCUCCCCCUAGCAGUUCGCCUGGCCCACCAAGUCCGUUAAACAGCCCCACAUCUUCUCCUCUAUCCAGUGGACGCGCCACCACUCCUGAAACAUCUCUUUUUUAUUCUAGCUCCAAGUCAGGGAGCUCUCCCAACACUAUGAAUUCUGACUUGUGCACUUCCCCACUAAGCACAAGGCCAGAAAAGACACUUGGGAUUUCGGCUAAGGAGACGGAUAGCAUAUUUUUUGAUCCGUCUAAAUCUCCGAACCCUCGAUGUGCUGCACGAUGGCAGUUCAUACACAACAGAAUGAUGAGGAAGCAGCAUCCAUAUCCCGUAUAUCCAGCUCCAAUAGAGGUUCAUUAUGCAGCUCGUGUCAUGGGGCAAGAGCGCAAGCCAUAUGUAUCAUUGGAAACAUUUCUUCAGCAUAUCGGAUACUUGGAAAAUGGCCUUGCACAACUGCGUUCUUCAACCUUGUACAAAGGCUAUAAAGCCAAGCUUGCUGCUCGCGAGACGGCACGCCAACGCCUUGUGGUGACUGCGUGGGAAAUUGAAGAAUCAGAGCGCUUCACUGCAUUCCUUGAUGCCCUGCAUAGCGAGAAUGAAGAACGACUUGGAUUUGCAGACGAGGAGUUGCAGAACUUUAGGAGGAUUUUUUCUGAGCGUGACCGCACAGAAGUUGACGAUGAUAGAGAUUACCUUCAAGCCAUCUAUGAAGAUGAAUGCGAAAUCCUUCGUGUUACCUCAGCCCAAGCUGAACAGAUCUCAAAGAUCUUAGGUUCACGAACCAAAGACGCAUUCUUACAAUCCGGACCUGCGGACUCGCAAUCCCGGUUCCCCAGUCUUGAGAUUCAUGACGAUGAUGAUAUUGUUCUAGACGAUUCUUCGGACCUGGAUUCCAAAGAAGAGUGUCUUGGGGCACCGGUGGGGGCUGGUGAAGCGCCUGAUGAUGUGACUAGUAGUACCACCAUCUGCAUGCCCUUCCAAUCGCGUAGAAUGCUAUGCGGAUAUUUACCUGUACCCUGCGCCCUUAUUGCGCCCUUACUACUGGAGUCCUCCCUGCGUAUGCCUGUAAAACGUGCUAAAGGUAAAACAACGAUACCAAAACCCACUCGCGGGUCUGGUCUGAAUCCCUCACACGUCCCAGCGGACACUCAGAUGUGUCUCAGCGACGAACAACCCCAUGAACCAAUGGCAAACGUUUUCAAUCCACACGACGGGUUCAGCUCAAGCACUCGUUACGACAACUACAAUUCCUUCAGUGCACAUGCUCCCAGUGGUUAUGUGCCGUCGUUCCACCCUGCUCACACCUACGACACUCACACGGUACCUAGAACUGACCCUGCCUAUCAAUCAAACCCCAAUAACGACAUUCCACCGUAUGAGCCGCCGGUGUUCGAUUAUGAGAGUUAUAGAUCGUUUGAUGGCUCAUACAGUCCCAGGCGUCUCGAGCAUCUUUCCGAUUUCGACAACAUGCAAGCACCUAACCCACACCACAUACAAAUUCCUCAACUAUUCGACCACAAUGAAGAGGAACCAUUGGAGCCUCGAGAUGCUCUUGUCCCCGUCGCAACGGGUGAGAUACCGCGCUCACAAGUUAUACACACAACGGGACCCGCGCGAUCGUCCAACAGACGACGACGUACUCGACAAUUACCUGGAACACCACAAUUUACUCACGAGAGCCCUGUUGUUCCUGCAACAACACAGGCUGAUGUCACUGCAACAAUGCACGCAACUCCGAGCCAUGCAGGAGCCUCGGGCGACAACCAUUAUUUCCAGGUUACAGGACCCAUCCGUGAUCAAAUCUUCAAACGCUCCAAAGAACUUGUCGUGGGCAUCGCCCUCACAAAGGACGCGAUGGCCUCGUCUACGGCCGACAAGAAACGUAUUAUCAAGUCUAUCAUUCGAAAGGCGACACCCAAGAUUCCAGGGCUUAAUGGAAUACCGCGCUGGGAGAAUCAAACCAAGGACCUUGCAACAAUCUGGCGAGCGGUAAUUGUCAUGCGCACGGCGGUUACGACCCUCACUCGAGAAGGCGUCGUAAUGGCCUAUGGACUUUUCCCUCCGCAGGGCAGUCCAAUCUCCCCCGAGACCUUCCACAUGGAUCAUGACGGGACGCUGACAAUUCACUCGAAGUUCAAAAAUCACUUCAUUCUUCACCUUGUCACGCAAAUGGUAUGGAAUAUGCGCUUUCAACUCGACGUUUUGCUCAUCUCGCCACGCAGACAGCUGCACUUCGCAAUGGGACUGGCCGGCGCAAUAACAAAACGUGUGCUGGCGGAACAAGCACACCUGAUACUCACUGCACCUAAGUCGUCCCCAGACGCAGAUGCUUUUACCUUCGAAAUGAUCUGUUCGGGCAUGGAUGAUCUCACUGAUGAGGAGAAAGCUGACUUGGACGGGUGGAAAGACCAUAUGGUCAUUUGUGGGACGUCUCAACAGCGCAGGAAUGAGCUCUCCGAUUUCGACUUGGACUCAAACUCAGACUCGGAUAUCGCGUGA